ACUGAGAAAGCUGUAAUUAAAGUUUCAGUUAAUAGAAAAAUAAUACAUUCAGAUAAAAUGCAUGACCAGGAUAAUUCACAGAACCCUCUCUGCGGAAGUGCAGGCUAAAAUUAAAAAGCCGAAACACAACACCAUCUAAUUCAGCUGUCAACACUUGUCCUAUACUGUAACCUACACUUGUUAGCUAACGGUAGCUAGCUAGCUUAAAGACAGCGUCACAUAGAUAGCUUAAAGCGAACCGCCUAAUAAAAACUAUGGCUAAUUAACUAGUCAGUUCUACUAAAUUCGCGACGACCUCGCAUAAGCUUUUUUGCAUUCCCCUAAGCUACAGUUAGCUAGCUAGCUAGCUAAUGUUACUUGACUUGAAAGGGGACCAACAAGUCUGUCUGUGGCUGGUGCUCAUGCUCGUUAACGUAGCUGCUUUUAUAUCGAGUGAACCGACUGUAUAACUUACCAAACAUGACUUGUGCAGGCGAUGAAGACGAUCCGUUCCCUGUUGGUGACGGUCUGUUUGCGGAAACAUUUUCUCAAGACACCGUAUACACUUUAGUCGGCCAAGAGCUAAAGAUAAGACAGGUGUUCGGUGCCAACCUCGGCGUAGCUGCCGCGGUCUGGGAAGCUGCGCUACACUUGUGUCGUUACUUCGAGGAGCAGUCGGUGGAGUUGAGAGGAAAGCGCAUCAUAGAGCUGGGAGCAGGGACUGGUGUGGUUGGUAUCUUGGCAGCACGCCUCGGUGGAGUCGUGACCCUCACAGACCUUCCUUUGGCUCUUCCCCAACUUCAGGCUAACAUCUCUGCUAACAUGCCAUCCAGUGGUUGGCCUACCAGCCUUCCCACCGUUCUCCCUCUGUCCUGGGGUGAGGACCACAUGAACUUCUCUUCUGACUGGGAUCUGGUGCUCUGUGCAGAUAUAAUUUACCUCCCAGAGACUUAUCCACUGCUAGUGGAGACACUAGCCCAUUUGUGCAAGAACGGAGCCGUGGUAUAUCUCUCAUCCAAAAUGCGAAAAGAGCAUAAGACUCCAGGUUUCUUUGAGGAAUGUCUGCCAAGCAGAUUUAAUGUGGAGCUUGUUCACUAUGAUGGCAAUCAAAACAUUAACAUCUACAGGGCAUCUUUGAGGAAAGAGCAGUGACAACCUGCUACAGGCAUGGGACUUGGUUUAGUUACUGCACUAAGACCAGUUCUGACUGUUUUAUUGGUGCCUUUUAAAAAAAAAAAAAAAAAAAUAAAAAAAAACUGUGAAAGCUGGGUUUUACAAAUCAUGGAUAAUCCAAUGUUGAGGUCAGCCUUCUAUCAAGUGACAGUAAUUUGAGUUUCAGAUCAUUUUUAACUUUAAGCUGCAAUUUUGUGUUUUAUAAUGCAACGUGUUACAAUUAUUUGUACCCUUGUCAACACUGAAGAGAGCUUGCUAUCAUUGGGUUUCCCCUGUAUUGACCGAUGUUUUAGUCAAUAAAUUCUAUAAGUCUAAAGAUUUAAAAAAAAAAAAAAAUUGUGCUAGGUUUAAUCUCAGAAGUCAUGUCAGAGUUGAGUUUAUAUGGACGUUUGAGAUGCACCAAAUACUGGAAUGUUGUUGAAUAACUACUUGUUGUCUACUUAGUUGACAAUUGGUUUGGACAAAAACAUUCCACUGAGGCACCGAAGGAAUACAUUUUACACAGGGAGUAAAAACGUUGUCCAGGCAAGCAUGGAGUAUUUGUGAGGUACAUUUCACAAUUUUUGGCAAGCAAACAAACAAAGAACAAUGGCAUCACUCCCUGGUGUCUACCUGGUAUAAUAACAAAAGCACUAACUGGUAUUCAAAGUAACCGCAAUAAUGAUACUGAUGUCUAAUCAAACACAUUCAACCGUAUAAUAAAAACUAAACCGCAACAAAAUAAAUUAGUGAAUAUUUAACUAUUAAAUAGCUCCAACAUAAAGUGCUACUUUA